UUAUUUUUUACUUAUGUCAGUGUUGUCAAAAAUUACAUGUCGACAGUCGAUGAAAUAGCGUCAUGCAUUUCAAAAGAUAAAGUUAUUCAUACCAUAUUUAUAUUUUGAAUAUAGGUUACCAGUGGUCCGUUUUGUUGAUAAAAUAUUAAAGUGGUUUUAAUGAUAACGUUAUAAAAUUAAAUAUAUACAAAAUGAAAAUCACAGUAAAGAAACUACAAGGAGGCGAGUGCAUUCUCGAGGUGCUUCCUGCGUCGAGUAUAUUGGACAUUAAAAAGCAAAUCGCCGAGAAAUUGGAUAUUCCCGUCGAAGAACAAAAGCUGCUUCUACUGGGACGGACGUUAGUCGACGAACAAACAGUACAGUCGUACCCUACUAUAAAAGACGGCACUAAACUCAAUUUGGUUGUUAAAAAACCGGAAGGACUUUACGAUGCGUCAGUGAAAUAUUUUAGAAAAUUGGGAAUGACAGACCUUGAGGCAGUGAACACGGCGAAUCGAUUGAUGAAGAUAGUUCAGGAUAAGUUUAACAGGUUGUCUUGGGACGACAUUGACAGGUUGUCACUGGACUGCCUGUUGGACGAGACAGGGCAGGCUCGACCGCCUGCUACUGACACUGAACAUGACAGUGAGGAGGCAUUUAACUUGUGACCGCAACACUACACUUUUUAAUCAAUAUUGAUGAAACACAUUUAGAUUUUCCCUCCGAGUGAAGCAAUUUUCAAACUUGUUUUAAGUACAUUAGCGUCUGAUUAUUCAAAUCUACAGAAUCAAUGGAAGUUAAUAUCUUAUUUUGUAAAUAAUUAAUAAAAAACAUUACAAAUAUUAUAUGCCACAUAUUAUAAAACAUCAUGAAAAUAAUGUGACUUAUAAACAACAUUUAUAUAGAUAAUGAAGCAGAAAUUAAUCAUACUUUGCUUAACUCAUAGAAAAUAUAGAUUUAUUAGAAAUAGCUAGUUAUCUCUCUCUCCCUUGUAUUCUUAUAUUGGUGGGGAUCUCAAUGUGGCAAUUGCUCUUUUACUGGUCAUCUAAUUUUACAAUGUGUAAAAUUAGCAUAAAUUUAAGAAACAAUCAUUGCAACUUACCCCUUCUCAAGAUAUGUAAUAAGUUAUUUAUUUUUAAGUGGAUUUUUGUAAUCUUAAAAAACUAAAAUUGUUUUUGUUUUUUACAAUAUACAUUAUUUUGUCGCCCAUAUUAUCCUAUAGCUUGAUUCUUGUAAAGACCAUCACAACACAAAAUAUUAUUAUUUCUGUAAAUAAUUUUACCAUUCUACUUAUUAGAUUCGAGCAUCUAAAUAGUUGUAAUACUACCAUUAAAACUAAACAGUUUCAUUGACUUUAUGAUGCAAUAUUAUGUAAUAUGUUUAUGAACCCUGUAAGCAAAUUCAGUUGUAAUUUUUCCAUUUUUGUGUAUGUUGUGUAUGGCAAUAUAAUAAUAAUAUGUUCUAACUAACAUGUAAAAACCCUAGCAUUAGUUAUAAAAAUAACUUUUUUUUUAUUCGUCAUGUAGUUAUUUACAUAAAUUGGGACUUGUUAAAUUCUACUAUUAAUUUUUAAAAAGUAUAUUUAUGUUACUGCCCCUACACAAUUCCACCUAGGGGCUCCUCCUUAUGCAACGGGGCUAAUACACCCAAAGUGCACAAGACUCUCUUGGCACAUUGUGUGACCAUUCACCUGAUUUGACAUUCAUCUUGGGUUGUUUGCCUGGAAACCCCACUUAGUCACCUCUAACGACAAAGACGAAUAUCAUGGCGGAAUUCAUUAAAUAACCCCAAUCCACAGGGCACAUGAUCCGAACUUACACCACCCUACUGGUUGUUUAAAUGUAGUACAACAAUAAGAUCAUAUACAGCUAUGAUGACCUAUAUGGUGUAAUGAUUUCCAAAAGUAAUCAAAGCUUAUUCUUGUUUUAAAAUGCAACCUAGUAUAAUUAAGUAGUUAUCCAGCCCCUAAAGGUGACUGCAUACUUGCCACCAUUGUCAAUGUGUCAAAAAUCUGCCAGUCAUAUGCUGACAAAUAUGCAACCACAUUAAUUGAAUUAAAAUCAUUGGUUGUCUGUAAAUAUUGCUUGCAUAUGUAAAUAAAACAAUGAAGUACA